AUGGAAUUCGAUUUUCAUGGAAAAGUGUUCUCAGUGUUCUCCAUCGUAACUUUUAACAACAAUCCGUGUCAAAGUUCCAGCUCAACAUCCAGCGGAAACUCGGCAUUUAGAAACGGAACUUGCUUCACCAAUAAUGAAUGUGUGGCCAAGGGAGGAUCAGUCCAAGGAUCUUGCGCUUCAGGGUUUGGUGUUUGCUGUGUGUUUGUAAUCUCGGAUGUAUCGCGAACAAUUAGUGAGAACUGCACAUAUAUUCAGAAUCCCGGAUUUCCAACGCCACUAACAACCAGCACCGCAUUGUCCUACAGCGUGGCCAAGUCCUCCAACGAUGUUUGCUUCCUGAGACUUGACUUUGAGUCGUUUUCCCUUCAAGGGCCGGCGGAUACAUUGGAAACAAGCGGAGGAGUUUGCACGGACACCUUCGUCGUGACGACCCAAACAGGUCAACAAAUUCCCACGAUUUGCGGCCAAAACGCUGGACAACACAUUUAUGUUGAUAUCGGAAACCAAGCUAGCGACACGGCCACUUUGGCCUUCACUUUCACCGGUUCAAGCUCCAAUCGUCAAUGGGAAAUCAAGGUGUCUCAAAUACCAUGUGGAGCCAAUUUUGCCCCUUCGCCCGGAUGUCUGCAGUACGUCACAGGUCUAACAGGACGGUUGACAACCUUCAAUUUCUUGGACGUCACUGGAUCGUCGCACUUGGCCAGUACACAAUACACACAAUGUAUCCGGCAGGAAGCCGGUUUCUGUUGCAUCCGUUAUCAAGUUUGUGGAGAUGCCAAUUCCUUUAGCUUGGACACGACCAUGAUGGCGGCUGCAGCUGCCGCCCAAACCGAUAACACGUGUACUUUGGAUUACCUUGGAAUUGAAGGCGCUACCCAACAAUGUCAAGUUGGAUCUGGAGGAUCGACAACGAGCGAAAGAUUUUGCGGCAAUUUCUUCAGUACUCAAAGUGCUGGCACUGCCAAUAGCAUUGUCUGUGAUUGUUCCCCCCCAUUUGCGGUCACUGUGCGAACAGAUGCCAUGCAAGAUGCGAACGCUGCUACACAGCCUAACAGAGGUGUUUGUUUGAUGUUUGACCAAAUUCCUUGUUGAAUCAAUGGACUCUUCUCCAACAAUGAAUAAUAACCAAUGCCAACCAAUAAAGCACAACAUCAUGCUUGAUUUCUUGAAGCAUCCACAUAUUUGCCCUUUGGCCGAGUUGAAUUCCAUAGCGUUA